UCUCUCUCUCCUGCUUCUACAGAUGGUAGAGAAAAACCCUAGCACGAAAUGGGUCCAGGAAAGACAUAGAAGUACUCAGCGCUAACAACAAAGAAAUCGAACUCAAAUCAAUAAUGCUCGCAGCAGCCUGCCAAGCAUUGUAUUCAACAUUUCUUCUAGCGCCACGCCCAAAACGCUCUUUUAGCCUCUCAAUAUUUCACCUGCAAAUUCUCGAUAUUCCACACUUUUAUAGCCAGCAGAUGGGCUGCAGCGGAGCAGAAGCAGUGUUAAAUCUUCGACCCAACUCUUCAGUUGCUAUUGCCUAUCACCCUCACUUUGGUUCUUAUGAUGAUCUGAUGCUUCUUGAGCUUGAUGAAAAACUCCUCCCAGAUGUACUCCAACAAAGAGUAACUUUAAGAGGUCAGCCAGAUGAAGAUGCAGUUCUUUGCACUCAGUCAAAAACUUAUGCCAUAAAGUUUGUUGGAACUUCUAAUUCUUCAUUCCUCAUACCUCCAUCAGAUCAAUCUGCAUUGUGUGAAAAUUCACAAGUUAGUGACGACAAAGUUUAUGGCCAGGUAGGCCAGCAACGACUUGCACCCGUCAUUAAGGUUGCACCUGGUAACAUGGAGCUUAUUGAAAUUUCUCCUAGGCUUGACAAACUUAAGUUACUUCUAUCAGAGAAUCCUUAUGGGUCUGAGGAAGUCCUGGAAGUGGAGGAUUUGUAUGAGGGAAAAAAUAAAACUGGAUUGUAUAGGUGGGAUGAUCUUGUUGAAAGGGUUCAGGCUAGUAAUGAUGAAUUGAGGGCUGGAUUACUGGCCCUUUCAGCUGUAGAGAUUGAAGGGUAUUGGAGAAUUGUGGAGGAAAAAUACAUGGACAUGAUUCUAAGGAUGCUUUUGCACAAUUCUGUAUUGAAUGACUGGUCAUUAGAUGCACUUGAUGAAGCUGAGGUUGUAAGGGUGCUAGCAUCAGAUGGAUUUCCACACAAGCUUGCCCUCCAUUGUUUGGAUGUUUAUGGCAGUAAGAUGGAUGAGGAUGUGUGUGCAAAUUAUAUUUGGAAGUUAAAUGGGAGGAGAGUAUGUGUGCAUUUUGCAAGAGAAAUCUUGAAAGCAGGGAAAAGGAAGAUGGAAAAUUUUAUGGUGGAAUGGUUGAAACAGAUUCCAGAUGGCAUGCAGGCAAGUUUUGAUAUGUUGGAAGGGGAAGUCUUAACGGAGAAGCUUGGUGUUGAGACAUGGGUUCGUGCCUUUAGUGUUUCUUCACUGCCCUCAACUCCUGCUGAGCGUUUUUCCAUUCUCUUUAGAGAGCGAUCAAAAUGGGAGUGGAAGGAUUUACAUCCAUACAUCAGGGAUCUAAAGGUACCUGGUCUUUCUUCAGAAGCAUUGUUGCUCAAGUACACUCGAAGAACACAACCAAGCCUAGAUGCAGAACCUGUUUUUAGUGCAAGAUAGUGCAAAAAUGUUUUCUUCUUGGUUUGGCAAGGCAUUUUCUGUGCAACUCCCAAGUGUUUCAAAUUGUGCAUGCGUUGUUUGUUAGUAUUCUUUGAUUCAACAAACUUCACAUACAGGUUUAUGCGUGGCACGUCUUAUAAUGUUCAUUUUAGAUCGAAGGACACUAUCAAUGUGUUUCAAAUCCAAAUAUAAUGUAGUGAACCAAAAUGAAAAUGUGAGUGAAUCUGUUGCAUAAUUUAGUUUUGCUUCA